GUGACUUUUGGCCAAAACAUUGCGAAACCAAUAAUUGUUUUGAAUUGUGUUUUAAACGUGUUUUUGUUGAUAACAUUUGAAACCUUAAUAAUGAACACAAUUGUCAAGUGUUGGACCCGUUUUGGACACACGAGUGGACGCAAGUGUUUGCAAUGGAUGGCCACAAGACAUAUGUCGGUCGAGUGGCACCUCAUGAGCGCCGUAUGUCUUCAGAGGUCACCACAAAUAGUGCCCGAAAUGAAUUGGUUGGAGAAGAAGAUGACGGAUGUGUUGCACACCGUAGAGACCAAUAGAUCCCUGUAUUGCGACCACGAGAUGAGACACUUCGAGGACGUACGUCGGGCGCAACGCAUGGCUGCCGGCGAUAAAGUGGACGAAAAGGAUUUGGACGCCGCCUCCAAACAGACCGCUCAAGACUUCGAAGAAUAUUAUAACCAUUUGUUGACACAGUUCUCAAAAUCGCCGCGAAUUACACAAUCUGAUGUAACGAAUGAUAGGAAAUCGUUAGACCGAUGUCUUGACCGCCAUCUGAUGCUUGUGUGUCGGCAACGAUUGGGCGAUACCGUCGAGGAAUGGCUUUUACCGCAGGCCACCAACUCUGGCGCCGAAGAAACGAUGAGACAAACGGCCGAACGAGCGCUCCAACAGUUUUGCUCAUCGCCUGAAUUGGAGGUCCAGUUCUUAGGGAACGUUCCGUCGGCCGUCUAUUCCUAUAGAUAUCCAUCGGCGGUAACCGAAAAGAUUGGAACCAAAGGCGCAAAGAUAUUCACAUUUAAAGCGUUGUGCAAAACGGGAGUCUUUGUGCCGAAUAAAGACAAGUGUUUGGAUUACGAAUGGCUUAAUCGGACCGAAUUGGCCGCUCGUUUGCCCCAAACAUAUUGGCAAACAAUCUCUAAGUCUUUGCUCACCGAAGGGUUAGAUAUCAACGAAAUCAUGAGUAGAAACAAAACUUUUCGGCGUAUCGUUAAGAAGAAAUUUUCAGUUUCACAAUAAAUUAAAUCAUUGUUUUAAAUACACUUAAGCUUUAAAUUGAAAAAUAAAAUCUUUUAU